CCUAGAAAUUGUGUUACAUUGUGGUCGAUUUUGGUUUUAUACCCUUAAAUACUUUGACAACACUUUGAAAAUAGAAACAAACAUUAUUUAGUCUGUAUUUUGUAUUCUUUAACACUGUGAAUAUCCCAAAAGCCGAAGCUACACUCUUAUGAAUGCAACAACAUGCCAAUAUUCCCAUUACUCAUUGGCUUUCUUACCUAUCUACGUUUUAUUGCAUAUUUUGUUGUGAUAAAAUUUUUCGCGUCAACACUUAGCGUCAAACAACAAAGCCGUGCGGACUUACCGCCUACUCUAAUGGCUACAAAAAUACUUACACUCAUACAUACAAACAUUCACAUUUAUUUGGGGGUGGCAAAUACACUUUUAUAGCCAUGCACACAGUUACAUCCACAGUUGGCUGCUGCUUUUGCUUUUACUGCCAUUUAUGCCUGUCAAGAAGUGUGGCGGUGUGCGUGCAUACAUAGCAGAUGAUUUCGAAAAUUAUUUUUCGAAGAUCCUUAUUCGAAAAACGUUAUCAGCAUGCAGUGGCAGCAGCGUCGGCUGAUGCCAUGCCAAAAACUGAAGACCACUUGCAGUGUACUUCUGUUGAUGCUCGUGUGCGGUUCACCAAAGCUCCGUCUGCAGCUUCUAAGCUAUGUAGUGCAUGUGCAUCAGUAGAGACAAUUCGAUUUUGUGCUGACAACUGUGCGCUAGUGUGUUGUUGUUGUUAGUAGCUAACUGCGGUUGAUGCGCACAGAAAGUAAUGCAACUUGCCUCAAAGGGUCGGUAGCUCGCUAAGCAUCGUUUUGGUGUUUAAUUGAACGCGCGAUUCCGCCGUGAGUGGUAGUGCCAAAGUCGUGGCGCAAUCGAGGAAAAGUUAACCUUUCUUAAGUGCUUUACUCGUACCCGCUUCUCCGCUAUGUCUGUCAAACAAAUUUAAAAGUAUUUUAAUUAAAUGCCGUCGCUUUAAUUUGUUGCUGAAAGGUGAAAGAAAAUAUUCGACGGUUAAUUGUGAUUAGUAAAAAUGAAAGUGGAAGCAUACUUUAAGGCGCUGUGUUGGGUACAACAAAAAAGUGCAGCAUAAACAGAAAUGAAAAUAAAGUAAAACAGAAUAUAAUAAAAUAAAUAGCCAAGACAAAGCAAAAAAUUAAAGUGCGAACAAAAUAAAUGAGCAUCAUAAGAAACACAUUGUAAUACAUAAAACAUAGCUAGACAUUGCAAAAGAAAGAAAAGCAUAAACAAAAAGAACUGAAAACAACAAUAAGUUAUAUAUAUAAUCUAAUAUAGCUGGCGGCUGUAUGCUACCCAAAGGACUUUCACUACUCACAGUUUACAUGUGCUCCACUAUACCCAGCGUAGCGGAUCCAGUUCUUUAAAUAUUAAAGAGCUUGUGUGCAACAAACAACACUACCGGAGCGGAGGGUAGUGCUAUAGCGGCUGAGAAGAAUUCCGCGCCUGCAUUAUAGAUGAAAAUGUGACCUAUCGCGAUUGCGUUUUCUGUAUCUACCAUUCCAAAUGCUCAGAGACAGCGUCAUUUCUCAACCUCUUAUCCAUCCACGCACUUAUGCACUGCGCGAAAAUGGCUUUGAAGUAUCAAAAAUGGAAGUUGGCAAUUUAAUUAAUGGCAAUAGUCAUCACUAAAUAAAUAUAUUUACAUACAAGCCGCUCCUGUAGUAACAUAAAGUACGCAUACCAUUGCAUAAAUACCUAUACAGAUAACAACUGAAUCAAUUCCAUCACAGCAUCUCCACCCCCUCCGCCGCGCGUUUGAGUACGUGCAACUAUCAUUGAAAAUGUAUGGUUUACUGCUGGAGAAUCUCUCCGAGUAUAUUAAAUCAGUGUACGGCGAGGAGAAAUGGGAAGACAUCCGACGUCAGGCUGGUAUCGACUCGCCAUCAUUCAGCGUACAUCAAGUCUACCCGGAGAAUAUGCUGAACAAGUUGGCGAAGAAGGCGCAACAGGUACUCGGCGUCUCCGAGCACGAAUUCAUGGAUCAAAUGGGUGUGUACUUUGUCGGCUUUGUCGGACAAUAUGGUUACGACCGCGUGCUUUCGGUGCUUGGUCGGCAUAUGCGUGACUUUCUCAACGGUCUCGAUAAUCUGCAUGAAUAUUUAAAAUUCUCAUAUCCACGCAUGCGAGCGCCAUCAUUUAUUUGCGAAAACGAGACGCGACAGGGACUCACAUUGCACUAUCGCUCGAAGCGGCGCGGCUUCGUCUACUACACAAUGGGGCAAAUACGUGAAGUGGCGCGACAUUUCUACCACAAGGAGAUGCAUAUCGAACUAGUGCGCGAAGAGAUACUCUUCGACACCGUACAUGUGACAUUUCAAUUGACAUUUGAUAAUCGUGCAUUUACGCUUGCAUCGUUGGCGAUGACGCGCGAGGAGAAGCAUUUACCCAUCAGUGCACAUGUGCUCUUCGAGAUAUUCCCAUUUUGCAUCGUAUUCGGCGCCGAUAUGGUGGUACGCAGCAUUGGCAAUUCUCUGAUGGUCAUCCUACCCGACUUGCUGGGGCAAAAAAUUACCGCCUGGUUUGAUCUGGUGCGCCCUUUAAUUGCCUUCAAAUUCCAAACUAUUUUAAAUAGAACAAAUAACAUUUUUGAAUUGGUCACGGUUGAACCAGUUACCGAUCGCGUUGAUCUUCAACCUUCCACCGAGUUGCUGUUGCACGAUGACGGUUCCGAGCCUGAAAAGACGCUGCGUUUGAAAGGUCAAAUGGUCUACAUGGAGAAUUGGCGUAUGAUCAUGUUUCUGGGUACACCGGUUAUGCCUGAUCUCAACUCACUCAUAACAACUGGCCUUUACAUUAACGAUUUGUCAAUGCAUGACUUCAGCAGAGAUCUCAUGUUGGCCGGCACACAGCAAUCAGUCGAACUCAAGUUAGCGCUCGAUCAAGAACAACAAAAAUCAAAGAAACUGGAGGAGUCCAUGCGCAAACUGGACGAAGAAAUGCGGCGCACAGACGAAUUGCUUUAUCAAAUGAUUCCAAAACAGGUGGCUGAUCGUUUAAGACGCGGAGAGAAUCCCAUUGACACGUGCGAGAUGUUCGACUGUGUGUCUAUACUUUUUGCUGAUGUUGUUACGUUCACCGAAAUCUGCAGUCGCAUCACACCCAUGGAGGUGGUGUCCAUGUUAAAUGCAAUGUAUUCCAUAUUUGACACGCUAACCGAGAGAAAUAAUGUUUACAAAGUGGAAACUAUUGGUGAUGCCUACAUGGUUGUGUCGGGUGCGCCAGAAAAGUCCGUCAAUCAUGCGGAUAAAGUUUGUGAUAUGGCCUUAGAUAUGGUGGAUGCCAUCACUGAUCUAAAAGAUCCAUCGACGGGCCAACAUUUACGCAUACGUGUGGGUGUGCAUUCCGGUGCGGUGGUUGCGGGCAUUGUUGGUUUAAAAAUGCCGCGAUAUUGCCUCUUCGGUGAUUCAGUUAAUACGGCGUCACGUAUGGAAUCCACGGGUUCUGCAAUGAAAGUACACGUUUCCGAGCCGGCAAAACAAUUUCUCAGCCCUUGUUACAAGCUAACGGAACGCGGUGAAAUCGAUGUCAAAGGGAAAGGUCCAAUGAAGACAUAUUGGUUGGAAGAGCGUGAAAAUCGCAAAUCGUUACAAUUGCCACCCGAACUUUUCCAUCCAAUUUCAACGUUUACUGCAGCAACAGUAACGACUGCGACCUCAAUUCCGUCGACUGCAGCCUCUACAACCGACCGUCGUUUGAGUGUUUCGCAAACUUUAAAAGCAAUUAUGCCAGCUGCUGCCCAACCGGUUAUCGGUUCGGUGGAGCGUAUGCAAUUGGCAAACGCCACAAGUGCCAUGAUCAAUUCAAUGGAUGCAGCGAGCGCGGCAAGUACGACCUCACCACCCCAGACCAGCGCUGGUAAAGAGCGUGGACGUAUUUACUCACCGGUAACCUUCACAGAUAUAGCGCGUCGCAGCAUAGCAAAUUCGCCUGUGCGCAAUUCAUUCGGAAGCAAUGAAUGUGGUCGUGAAUCACGUUCCAAUUCAAUGGGUCAUGUUUUUAUGCGUACACCCAGCGAUAUUUUUGGUUCGCUCAUAUUAGAUACCGAAGAAUUUUUAGAAGAUUUGCAAUACUCACGCAAUUCAUUGGUUAAUAGUGGCACCACCUCAUCGGUUUGCCCCUAUAGUCCAACGCCCGCUUUUCGCAUAGGUAGCGCACCGUCCAAACCACGUCCCAAUAAUCCCGAUCAGUUUACACCCGAAGAGCUGGCUGCCAUGGACCAGAUUACGCCACCGUCGACAGCACCACCACGAGAAACUGUCACAUGCAAAGUGGCUCCAACCACAUCGUCAGCGUCGUUGGAAAAAUCAAAGGCUAGAAAAAUCACAUUUUCACGUAGCCUAACUAUACCACAAGAACCAAUUGUUUCGCCACCGCCACCACCUGUGCCACAGCAACCGCUAAAGGAGCAAUUAAAACAGCAAAAGGCGCAGGCAACCAAUAUUUCAAACUCCACUGUAGCCUCUAUACCAGUGCCGAUCAUACCUAAGGCCACUGCAGUUGCGAUGCCAACAACGUCGACCGCAAAGACUAAGAUCACAAACAACAACAUAUCAUUCGGCAGCAGUCGUACAUCAUCACGAGAAUCACUGUCACCGUGUUCGCCACCGAUUCGCUCGAAUUCGGCGCCAUUACCAAUGUCCAAAGCAGCACGUAAAGCAUUCCUCGCCGCUAAGCAGACAAAAGCUAUUGAAAAACUGGAUCGGAUGAUUGAGGAAGCAAAUGAAGUCGAUGUGCAAAACAAGCGCGCUAAUAUGCGACGCAUGGCUGCCUUUCGUGAUGAAGGUGGCGGUGAUGGAGGUGGUGGUUGUCCGUUAUUUUUACCACCACCGCCAGGCCCGCAGAUGACGAACUCCAUGUCAGAUUCAGGAUUGGCGCAUCAUGGACACAACCAUAAUUACUCGCAAAUGCAUUAUGCAACCUGUCACCAUGCACACGAACCGAAAAUGUCAAACAGUCACAGUUUCAGUCAUACUCGUGGUACUGCGCAUCAGUGUUGUACAGGCUACAAUCACUCAAAUGGGCGACAUCGAAUGCAUUCCAAUGCAUGUCAGUUGUUGUAAGGACCAAAAAUAGUCAAACUAUAGCAAGUUUAAGCUAUUGUAAACUCAACGUUAUUCCUGCAGUUAUCACGAGCCGACUAAAAUAUUUACAUGACGGAGACUGAUACGAGAUAUGUUAAAGCAUGUCUAAAGGCGACAUCGGUGAUAUUAAUAGACAGCAGAUAUUUGUACUGAGAGCCAAUUAGCUGCACAGCGAGAGUUUAAAGAGAUAUUAAGUUACAUUAAUAUUACUAAAUAAUAUUUCUAUAUACAUGUGCUUAUGAGGGUUGAUGAUGGUGCGAAAUGUAUUUUGGUAAAACUGCAGAAAAUGUUGAAAGAAUAAUGUUUGAUAUGUAUACGAGACUCUUAAUAGACAAAAUAAUAUUGUAGCAUACAAAAAUUUAUUUUAAGAAAUCUAUACAUAUAUAUGAAAAACAUAUAUUUGUGCAUACCAAAAAUUUCUAAUAUAGUUAAGGGAAACAUAAAUUCCCUGUCUAUGAGUGUUACCUGAAAACUAGAUAAGUAAACAGUAAAACAAAAUAUUUAUUAUGGUUAUUAAUUAGCAAUAAUGAUAUACAUAUGUACAUACGUAUGUAUGUGUUUUAAAAUGCGAAUCGAAUUGUUCAAAACAGUUUUAAAAUAUUAUAAUGUAUUAUAUUAUAUUUAUUAAUAUUUAUUUAUUUAUUAUCAUGUUAAAUGAUUGCGUUACUAGAAAGGGAGUUCCAAAUUCUUUUGUGGACUCUUGCCUAGCUGAUAGCUCUUAAUAUGCUCAUCAUCUUUAGUAAGCGUUAAGAUUAAGAAGCACUUUUGUGUCUGACUUUUUUCAUUCUUCAUUAUCACAUAAAUCCAGACUCCCAGAUUGAGUUGUUGUGACGGUGAAAGUAUAUGUUUUGUCUGAGCGCCGAAAAGUAAAUAUAAGUAGAGUUGCCAACCGAUUGUUGCGAGUGCGAGCAGUCUGGCCUUCGCUUCAGAUUUGUCAUAUGAUGCUCUGUCAUUAAACAAAACGAGUGUUCUCUCGUUAUACCAUGGACAGGGUAUAUUAAAUUUGUCACGAAGUUUGUAAUACACAGAAGUAAGCAUCGGAAACCCUAAAAAAAUAUAUAUAUAAAUGAUCAACGCAGGGAGCUAAUUCGAUUUAGCUUUGUACGUCUGUCUGCCCGUUCAUCUGUAUGUCAGUCUGUCUGUAUAUACGCCAUCUCUACUUCUUUAAUGGCGUAGACACCGCUUGCGUGGUCAUAGAAGAGAUAACAAUAGCGCGCCAGUCGUUUCUUCUUUUCGGAAUUUGGCACCAAUUCGAGUGACUAAAUCUCCACCUCCUCCUAAUCCCUCCAAUGGAGUGGAGGUCUUUCUCUGCUUCCGCCGGCGGGUUUAAUUUCGAGACUGACAUUGUUGUUGUUGUUAAUACUGGUUCCAGGACAGAGGAAAUUAUUUAUGACUUUGAACUUAUGACUGUCAACAGUGACGUGGGUACCUAGUCGCGAGUGCGACGACUUUUUGCUUGAUGACAGGAGACAUUUCGUCUUGCCCUCGUUCACUAGUCUAGAGAAAACAGAACUAACGACCCGGUUGUUAAGACCAAUGAUAUCAAUAUCUGCUGCUUGAUUAGCUCGGCCGACAAUCUAUCGGCUCCGCCUAUUUAUUGUUCUUCAAACGGGUAAUUGCUAUUCAAAUUUCUUCAUGGCUUCCGCACCAUCGUCAUCGAUUGGGGAAUCGAUGCUGAUCUCCGGGUUUUAUGCUUUCACUGCCACCCAGCAGGCUUGCGAAGUGUUCCCUCCAUAAUUUUAGUAUGAUGUGGGCAUCAGUCUUUAGAUCGUCUCUGCGGUGAUACAAGAGUAUGCUCCGGUCUUGAAGCCUUCUAUUACUCGCAGCAUUUUUUCGUAGAAUUUUCAAGCUGUACCCUGUCGGCUAACUCGCAAGCUCUUCGUACUCACACUUUUCGGCCUCUUUUUUUUGUUUACAAAUGCGUACCGCUUCCCUCUUCAACUCUCGGUAUCUAUCCCAUCCCGCACUGGUUGUGUUCGAUUGUAACUUUGCGAGGUAGGCAGUCUAUUUUCUCUCCGCUGCGACACGGCACUCGUUAUAAUACCAGCCGUUCUUUCGCCUUUUCCGAAAACCUCUGGUUUCGUUUGUAGUUGUACGUAAGGAUCUUGAAAUGCCGUCCCACAGUUCCCUUAUAUCGACUUGCUGAAGAGUACUCUCUGACCAAGAGUGCAAGUCAAGUAGAAAUAUACGCGAACUAGUCCCUCAGUUUUCUAGAUAUCAAUCUGAAAUUUUGCACACGCCUUUUCUUCCUCAAGAAGGUGUUCACUUGAAGGAACCGCCAUUAUCGGACCACUAAAAGUGCCUGUAUGGAAAAUUUUUUUUUUAUUUGAUAAGAUAAUUUUAUGAAAUUUGACAUGUAUUAUUUCUAAGACAGCGUUACAAUCUCCGAACAAAUUGAUCAUCUCGGAUGGCCACAGCAUAUAACUGUCAUACAAUCUGGACGCCCUUGUGAAGGAUCUUGUGUAUUAACUUAACGUUUUUUCUUGUAUUUUUUUUUAACUAUACUUAUCACAACUGUAAAAACAAGUAAAAAAAAUUAGUUAAUGUUGAAAUUGUAUGAAAAUUAAUCAAAACUCCUCUUUCAUAUCUACAUAUACUAGCACUAAAUAAUAUGGAAAGGCAAAAAUUCGUUUUCAGGAGAGAUUGCAAAGGCUUCACUGAGUGUUAUUAACCUAUUUCGAGCUUUUAAAAAUGUUUAGAUAUAAGUAACUGAAGUAUUUGUUUACUUUUUGAUUUUUUGAAAAGUACAAGUGAAAAUAAAAAAAUAAUUUGAAUGGCAAAAUCAAAAGGGUAAAUCUAUAUACAAAUAGGAUAUUAAAAAUAAUACCUCUUCAAACGACAAUAUACGAAUGGACUAAUGUCAUACUAUUAGAUAAAAUGUACAAAGCGAAUUGAAGAAAGAAUGAAGAAUGCUAAAUGCACGAAUAAAACUGAGAGAAAUAAUUAGAAAAAAUUCAAAAAAAAAAAAUUAAUGAAAAUAAUAUAAUAAAUAACAUUUGAUGUGAAAUGAA